GCAACCGCAAAACUCAUCGCUCGUGGGGUGGGGGCUGGUGGGUGUUGUCAGUUUAGGCUGGGGAAAAAUUGGAGGCCUGGCUGCCUGCCCAGGAUGGCGGUGGACCAAUUCCUUUUGAAAUGGAACAACCACCAGUCCAACUUUGUGGAUGUGUUUGGCCAACUGCUGGAUCAGGAGGCCUUCACGGACGUGACGCUGGCCGCCGAGGGGCGCACCUUCCUGGCGCACAAGCUGGUGCUGUCGGCCUGCUCGCCGUACCUGCGCGACAUACUGGAGCGCAACCCGUGCAAGCACCCGGUGGUGUUCCUGCGCGGCGUGUCGGCCGCCGAGCUGCACACCCUGCUGCAGUACAUCUACCGGGGCGAGGCGCACGUGCGCCAGGACCAGCUGCCCGACCUGCUGCGCACGGCCACCGACCUGCAGAUCAAGGGACUGGCCAGCGUGGGCGGCGAGCGGCCGGCCGCCGAGCCGCAGCUCAACCCGUACCCGUCGCCCCCGCUGAGCACGCCGAGCCGGGUGCCGCCGGCCGGCCUGCAGGCGCGCGCCGCCGCCCUGCCCACCGCGCUCAACAUGACUGGGUGCCGCCACGUCUGA